GUCCCCGCAUACAGAGUGUGGAGUGCGGAGCGAGGCGGUGCGCAUCAUCGCUGCUUAUUUUCCUCUUUUGGGAUCCCUCCAUCCUGCUGUGGAAAAGAAGAGUGCCCACCGUACAGCUCAUUUGCCUUCUCUUAUAUGAGCAUUUCUUUUUUUCUUCUUCCCAAUUUGGGAAAAUGGUCCUCGUUCCAGCAUCGAACUAAAAGUAUUUGCUGUGGAAGUGACUAGGGAACCAACGGGGGGGAAUACAAAUGCUGGAAGUUUUGGUUCUCGGAUCGCUCCAUUGAGUUUUGGAUUUUGCCGUGCGUUUGCAGAGGAGGGUGAAGCUGAAGCAUCCAAGGAAGGCUUGCAAAUUUGUUCCCUCCUCCCUCCGCUGCAGCUCGCCGUCUGCGGCUUUUGCAGCUCUCCUCUUGACCGCGCUAUGAUUUAACACCGGGGAGGACCACCACUUAUCCCCCCCACUCCUCUUCCUUCUCCUCCUCUUCUUCUUGCAUCCUGGUGAAGAGUAAGCGGCUCCUUACAGAUGGACUAAAAAAAAAAAAAAAAAAAAAGACAGGAAAGACGUCUUUUUCUUGGAUUUGCUCUGCUUUUGAAUAAGGAGGAGACUAUCUAUUCAUCUUGUCUAUCCAUCGAUCUGUUUGGACACCAUGAGAGUUCUUUGGGCGAUGUUGCUCAUGGCUGUCAUUUGGAGCCACGAGUGGAAAUGUGCGCUCUCGGACUCCAUCAUCCACAUUGGCGCCAUCUUCGACAAGUCGGCGCGGAAGGACGACGAGGUGUUUCGCCUUGCCGUGGCGGACCUCAACCUGAACAAUGAGAUCUUGGAGACAGAGAAGAUCACCAUCUCUGUGGAAUUCGUGGACGGGAACAACCCAUUCCAGGCUGUGCAAGAAGCGUGCGAGCUGAUGAACCGCGGCAUCUUGGCCCUGGUCAGCUCCAUCGGCUGCAUGUCGGCAGGCAGCCUGCAGACGCUGGCCGACGCCAUGCACAUCCCGCACCUCUUCAUUCAGCGCUCCACGGGGGGCACGCCCCGCUCCGACUGCCCGCCCACCAGCCGCAGCCCCGGAGCCGACGACUACACCCUGAUGGUGCGCCCGCCCAUCUAUCUCAACGAGGUCAUCAUGCAAGUGGUGUCCGAGUAUAGCUGGCAGAAGUUUGUCCUCUUCUACGACUCCGACUAUGAUAUCCGGGGUAUCGAGGACUUCCUUGAUCGCGCCUCCCAUCAGGGCAUGGACGUGUCCCUCCAAAAGGUGGAGUCCAACGUCAACAUGAUGAUCACCAGCCUGUUCAGGACCAUGCGGGUAGAAGAGCUACAUCGCUACAGGGACACGUUACGCAGAGCCGUGCUGUUCAUGAGCCCAGCCACCGCCAAGGCAUUUAUCUCUGAGGUGGUCGAGACCAACUUGGUGGCCUUUGAUUGUCACUGGAUCCUCAUCAACGAGGAGAUCUCCGACUACGACCUGCAAGAGUUGGUAAUGAAGUCGGUGGGCCGGCUGACGUUGGUGCGCCAGACAUUUCCCAUGCCACAGAACACAACCCAGCGUUGCGUUAAGCACAACCACCGGAUCAACACGUCCCUCUGUGACCCCAAGAAUGCCAAGGCUCAGCAGCUGGAGAUCACUAACCGCUACAUCUAUGACACGGUGCUGCUGCUAGCUAACACCUUCCACAGAAAGCUGGAGGACAGGAAGUGGCACAGUAUGGCCAGUCUGAGCUGCAUCCGGAAGAACACCAAACCCUGGCAAGGGGGGAAAAGCAUGCUGGACACUGUCAAAAAGUUCGGCGUGAGUGGCCUCACCAGCUUCCUGGAGUUCACCAACAACGGCACCAACCCAAACAUCUUCUUCGAAAUCCUGGGCACAAACUACGGAGAAGACCGCGGGCGAGGAGUCAGCAGGCUGGCCACGUGGGAUCCAGUUCAUGGCCUGAAUGGGACCCUGACGGACAGGAAGUUGGAGAACAACAUGCGAGGAGUGGUGCUGAGAGUCGUUACUGUCUUGGAGGAACCGUUUGUGAUGGUGUCAGAGAACGUUCUAGGCAAACCCAAGAAAUACCAGGGCUUCUCCAUCGACGUGCUGGAUGCUCUGUCCAACUACUUGGGCUUCAAGUACGAGAUCUAUAUCGCGCCGGACCACAAGUAUGGCAGCUUGCAGCUUGACGGCCAGUGGAAUGGUCUCAUGGGGGAGCUUGUUUUUAAGCGAGCUGAUGUCGGACUCUCCGCCCUGACUAUCACGCCUGAGCGCGAGAGCGUCGUGGACUUCACCACGCGCUACAUGGACUACUCCGUGGGGGUGUUGCUGCGCAAGGCCGAGCGCACAGUGGACAUAUUCGCCUGCCUGGCCCCCUUCGACCUGUCACUGUGGGCGUGCAUCGCGGGCACAGUGCUGCUGGUUGGCAUCCUGGUCUACUUACUCAACUGGCUCAACCCACCUCGACUGCCUAUGGGCUCCGUGUCCUCCACGACACUCUACAACUCCAUGUGGUUCGUGUACGGGUCAUUCGUGCAGCAAGGUGGCGAGGUCCCCUACACCACCCUGGCGACAAGGAUGAUGAUGGGCGUAUGGUGGAUGUUCGCUCUCAUCGUCAUCUCCUCGUACACGGCCAAUUUAGCGGCGUUCCUCACCAUCACGCGCAUCGAGAACUCUAUACAAUCCCUCCAGGACUUGUCCAAGCAGACGGAGCUUCCCUACGGCACGGUGCUGGACUCUGCGGUGUACGACCAGGUACGCUCCAAGGCCAUGAACCCGUUCGAGAGAGACCCCAUGUACUCGCAGAUGUGGCGGAUGAUCAACCGCACGGGAGGAGCCGACAACAACGUGGAGGAGUCCAAGGAAGGCAUCCGAAAGGUGAAGUACGGCCGCUUCGGCUUCGUGUGGGAUUCGGCGGUGCUGGAGUAUGUCGCCAACAAUGACGAGGAUUGCUCCUUCUACACGGUGGGCAGCAAUGCGCCGGAUCGCGGCUACGGCAUCGCCAUGCAGCACGGCAGUCCCUACCGUGACAUUUUCUCCCAGAGAAUCUUGGAGCUUCAGCAGAAUGGCGACAUGGAUAUUCUCAAACUCAAGUGGUGGCCAAAGGACAGCCCCUGUGAACUCUACAGCUCGAUGCAAUCAGGGCACAGCAACGCCCUGGACAUCCAUAGCUUCGCCGGCGUCUUCUGCGUCCUGGCAGCCGGCGUGGUGCUUUCCUGUCUCAUAGCCAUGGUGGAAAGCUGGUGGUCACGAAGGAAGGGAUCCAGGGUCCCCUCCAAGGAGAAGCAGGCAGACGGCCCAUCUGCCAGGCAAACUGCCGAUCCCUGCCCUCACAGCCCCAACGAGCGCCCCGCGGCCCAGACCUCUAACACCUCCAACGCCGCUGCCCCCGCUCCCACCCGUUACCAGCCCCCAGCAUGCUGCGACAUUCCCUGCGCCCUGAUCGUGCAACACUCCUACGAACCGAACAACCCCUCCGAGCUCGCCCCCAAAAUGCGAAUGACCACCUUCACCACCUCACCCCCCACCCCGAGGUUAUACAUACAGUAGAACAUUUAAGUAAGACCGCACUGGAUAAUGCUUAAAGACUGAAUGACUAAAUGGCAGUAUGGAAUCAGUUGAAAGCAAACGAGCACUUAAUGUUGUCAAAACAUGCAUUUUCCUCACUGUAUGUGUAACGAGGCCUUUUUGCCUGUAGAGGAGGCUGUCUGUCUACGGGGAGUAAAAAUCGGGUUACAUCUUUACCUAUCAAGUUCAAUGCGAUACUUUUGCACAUUAUACUUCAUUCACCAAAGUUAUGCCUUUGAUUUCUGAUCAACAUUAGAGGCGCAUUAGAAAUGUUGAUCAUGAUCUGUAGGUGCAGUAUGAUUAUGGCAGGACCUCCAGAACUUACCACCAAACCCUUCCACUCGUCCUGGCUGCGGCCCCUUGGUCUUUCUCCAAGUCCCCUCUCAAAGACAGCAGAUUUUGAUUGACUCUUCUCUUUUGCAUCCAUUCGUUUUAUUGUCAUACCAACUUUUUACACUCCUGUGGCGUACCCUUGUUUGAAUUGUUCAGUGUGUGCAUGAUAGUGGCAGGAAAAGCAUUAGCUCCCUCCCGUCCUCUCCACCCGCCCACUGCUCCCUCCUUAGAUGGUAACGGGCGGGUGCCACUGUUGGUUACCUUGGUCCAUGAGCGUCAACUGGUAUGGCCCGAGCGCCUUCCAGAGCCCCCUUGGUCCAAAGGACACGGUCAGUAAAUCUGUCUUUACCCCCGGUAAUAUGACCUCUUUCCUUAAAACUCCCUGUACUUUUUUUUUUUCUUUACUUGGCAGUAUUUCCCACAACGACCGCCUAAAACAAUGUGACUCCCCACACUCUCCACCACCUACCUCUGCGAGCCUUAACUCACAGAAAUGAAAGUAUUCCUCCGCAGCCCUGGUCCCCCCCCGAGCCCCGUCCUCACGAUAUCCUCCCCUUACGCAUUGCACCAUCCCGCAGCACUCUUCACCCCGUCCGCCUGUCCUGCAACAGCGUGAAACACCUCUCACUUGUCACCAUCCUUAGGACUUGUGAUAAAGUUAUUGUUAUGUGAACGUCGAUAGAUGCAUAGUCUUUGUCGUUUUUAAGUUUUAUUUAACCUACUAAAGCUAAUUGUUGUAACGUACAGCCUUUGACUGAAAUCUAAUUGAGCUACAGUGGAACCUCUAAAGUUGAACACAAUUCCAUAACGCUGUUUGACUUCCCAAGUUGUUCUCAUUUUAAAACAAUUUUUCUACAUAGGAAAUAAUGUAAUUAUUUUGUUCCAGGUUCUUACUAUCGGCAUCAUAAAACAUCAAUGAACUCUACAGAUGAUGUUUAUUUAGCUAAAAUAAAACUCAAAACUACUUAUUCUUUGAAGACUUGACGGACACAAUCGAUGGUAUCUGCAGCCGGGCUCCAAAAAUGCAUUUCUCUGUUUCAGUGUUUCUUUAUUUGAGGAUAUAUUGGGAUGUUUUCAAAGUGACCAUGUUACUGGUGUCAUUUUUAGUCAAAUAUUUACACACAGUUGUUGCCGGCGGAUUAUUGGAAAUAACAUUUUGGCAACCAAGAUGGAGCUUCACUUCGCGCCGCUGCCCUCGUUUCUCACCGCCACUCCCGCGGUUCUGCUUGUAUGAAUAUUUUAAGACUCGCCUUGGUUAAAAUAGCCGAAGCUUGCGAGGCAAACCGUUCUUCUCCCCCACCACCAUCUUAUUUUCGUACUCUCCGACCCGCACAUACAUAUGAAGACUGUGUCACCUUGUUGGCCGGACAUUUCGUUGCUCUACGGAGCGUUAUAGUCCUAUGACAGCAGCAGACAGGCGAGUCAAAAGUUCUCUGUAACUUGGCCAUUUGGAAGACGAUAUGCCAAAAAUAGUUGAUUAGCGAUUCUUCGUACCUGUUGGGGAGUUUGACUACGGAGGUUUCACUGUAUAUCAUACUGUAUGAAGCAAUCAUUCAAUAAGUCAUAGAAGAUGUUUUUCGUAAAAAAAUGAAAGGAAUUCACAUGAAAAUGAGAUGUCGGUCUCAAUGCGAAUUCUGUGGUAGAACCAUCUGACAUACAGCAGCGUUAAGUACUUUCCUCCAUUCAAUAAUUGUAUCAGUGUAAAGAUGUAUGUGUAUGUAGUUGGUGUAAGCGCUGGAAUCACAAAGCACACAGCACAACGCCGGUGUGUUUUCGUCCCGUAUACCAGGUUCUGCACUUCCUUCGAGAUUUGGUAGAAGUGUUUGUAUAUGUUCCUCUCUCUCGCUCUCAGUAUCCUGACCACGGCUAUCCCUCCCUCCAUCUUCCCCUUCUUCCACCUCUUCUUCACACCCUCACGGUCAUCACAUCACAUCACAUCCAUCCAAUUGCAAUUUCAUAUCUGCAUCCUGAUUCUUCCAAAUCACAUUGGGGUCGUGUUGAUGGCAUCUCCCGCCCGUUUGCUCACCUCUUUUCCUCUACCCUGUCGCUAUGAUUGUUAUCCAUUUAAACUUCUCAAAUGGAUGACGUCCGGAACUCAUCCCACCCUUGUCUUAUUUUCUGAUUCUUCCUUUUCAACGACCGACUUCUGUUUCCCUUCCCCUCACUACUAUUUAUUUACUUCACCUUGUUCAACCUUUCAAUCCCUCUUGCCUUUCAUUUGCUUCUUAUUGGUUGGAAAUUGUCCUCGAAUCUCUCAAAUUCUUUACAUUUUCACAUUCUUCCCACUUUUCUUUGUUUAUGUCCCUCUACUCUUUUUGGACCAUCAACCGUCACGGCCUUCUGUUCUCCAUCCUACUCCUCCCCCUCGCCCCCCUCUCCGCCUGCAGGACGAUAAGGAGAUCGACCUGGAGCACCUACACCGCCGGGUUAACAGCCUGUGCACAGAGGACGAAAGCCCCCACAAGCAAUUCUCCACCUCUUCCGUCGACCUGACUCCCCUCGACAUGGACACGCUGCCCGCAGCCCGCCA